CGUCCUUCUCCACCAUGGACCAAGACUACGAAAGACGCCUCCUUCGCCAGAUCAACAUCCAGAAUGAGAACAUGAUGCCUUGCGUAGCAGACAUGAGGAGGACCCUGACCCCUUCCAAUUCUCCCGUCUCCUCCCCUAGUAAGCACGGCGACCGGUUCAUUCCCUCCAGAGCUGGGGCCAACUGGAGCAUCAGCUUCCACAGGAUAAAUGAAAAUGAGAAGUCUCCGAGUCAGAACAGGAAAGCAAAAGAUGCCACGUCAGACAAUGGCAAAGAUGGCCUUGCCUAUUCCGCGUUGCUGAAGAACGAGCUCCUUGGAGCUGGCAUUGAGAAAGUGCAGGACCCCCAGACAGAGGACCGGCGGCUGCAGCCCUCCACGCCCGAGAAAAAGAGUCUUUUCACGUACUCUCUGACCACAAAGCGCUCAAGCCCAGACGACGGAAACGAGGUCUCGCCAUACUCGCUCUCCCCCGUCAGCAACAAAAGCCAAAAGUUGCUAAGGUCCCCUCGAAAGCCUACCCGGAAGAUCUCAAAGAUUCCAUUCAAGGUCCUGGAUGCUCCAGAGCUGCAGGAUGACUUCUACUUAAACCUGGUGGACUGGUCGUCCCUCAAUGUCCUCAGCGUUGGCCUCGGGACAUGUGUCUACCUCUGGAGUGCCUGUACCAGCCAGGUGACCCGGCUGUGUGACCUGUCCGUGGAAGGAGAUUCUGUGACCUCCGUUGGGUGGUCGGAGCGGGGCAACUUGGUGGCUGUCGGGACUCACAAGGGCUUUGUACAGAUCUGGGACGCUGCAGCAGGGAAGAAGCUCUCCAUGUUGGAAGGACACACAGCUCGAGUGGGAGCCUUGGCUUGGAACGCGGACCAGCUUUCCUCAGGCAGCCGGGACAGGAUGAUCCUCCAGCGAGACAUCAGAACGCCCCCCUUGCAAUCCGAGCGGCGCCUCCAGGGUCACAGGCAGGAAGUGUGCGGCCUGAAGUGGUCCACAGACCAUCAGUUGCUGGCAUCUGGCGGCAACGACAAUAAGCUCCUCGUCUGGAACCACUCCAGCCUGAGCCCCGUCCAGCAGUACACGGAGCACCUGGCGGCCGUCAAAGCCAUCGCCUGGUCCCCCCACCAGCACGGGCUGCUGGCCUCGGGGGGCGGGACGGCCGACCGCUGCAUACGCUUCUGGAACACGCUGACGGGGCAGCCGCUGCAGUGCAUAGACACCGGGUCGCAAGUCUGCAACCUCGCCUGGUCCAAGCAUGCCAACGAGCUGGUGAGCACCCAUGGCUACUCACAGAACCAAAUCCUCGUCUGGAAAUACCCGUCCUUGACUCAGGUGGCAAAGCUGACCGGGCACUCGUACAGAGUCCUCUACCUGGCGAUGUCACCCGACGGAGAGGCCAUUGUAACAGGCGCUGGGGAUGAGACGCUGAGGUUUUGGAACGUCUUCAGCAAAACCCGCUCAACCAAGGAGUCUGUUUCAGUCCUUAACCUCUUCACCCGGAUACGGUAAAGCCCACCGAGAGACUCUGUUGGGGGGGGCGGGGGGGGAGAAAACCACUAACUCAAUGUGCAUG